GGUGAUUUCCGAAGUCAUGGAAUAAACAAUUUAAACAUAAACAUAGAAGAGUUGGAAAGUUUUAAAAGAGCAAUUCUCAAAAAUAUAAUGAGUUAUGCUGAAAUUAAAAAAGACUUUGAGUUUUAUAAUAAAAUGUCUUAUCUUUCUGUUUUCAAAGAAUUAUUAUUGGGUUCAAAAGUGAAAAAUUUGGUUGAGGAAUUGCUUGUUAUUUCUUCCUUCUGA